AUGAUCAUUUGUUUUAUUAUUGCAGUACACUUCGGGUUCGCGGCGUCCGUCGGUGAGAAGGCAAUAUUAGCGUGCAGAAGCCACGGACAAUCGAUGCUGGAAUGCCACAACGUUCUAUACCCUAACUCCAAAGUGAGAGUUCCCAUAGACCUGCUUCUUUAUCCGCACAUGGUCCUCAUCGGAUUCAGAAACCACAACCGCGAAGAACCCGCUUGGAAAUGUGGAGGUACUCUCAUAAGCGACCGGUGGGUCAUCACGGCAGCACAUUGUAAGGCGGAUCCGACAUCAGGGCCUGCGAAAGUUAUGAGAGUCGGAACAGCGACGUUUGAAUUCGAUGAGGUAGACGAAUUAGCACAAGAGAGAGAUAUCGUCGCUAUCGUUCCCCAUCCGAAAUUCGCUCCACCGUCCAAAUACCACGACAUAGCGUUAAUGAAGGUCGACCCGCCGUUCAUCUUGAGUAGGGAUAUACGUAUUGCUUGCUUGCAAGUGAGCGCUGACCUUCCUCCCGUGGAGUUGACCGCUAUCGGCUUCGGCACAACCAGGUCUGGAGCGGCGUCGGGAAGUCAAACGUUGAUGAAAGUGGACGUAGACUUGAUAAAUAGUACCGUGUGUAACAGAUCUAUGAAGACUCUGAUACGGAGGAGAAUUUUGGCAAAUGGUAUAACCGAUGAACAAAUGUGCGCGGGGGAUUAUGAGAACGGUGGAAAGGACACUUGUCAGGGCGAUUCGGGAGGGCCACUACAGUACAUGGAGGACCACGUGGACUGCCUGAACACGUUCCCUUUGCAUGUGCUAGUAGGCGUGACAUCGUUCGGUAGAGAUUGUGGAAGACGAAUGGCCCCCGGCGUCUACACUCGCGUCUCCAAGUACAUUGACUGGAUUGAGAGUAUCGUAUGGCCGGGUGUGUUUAUUCCUUGA